GAGUACAUGGGGAUUUCAACGCGCGUAUUCGACAUGGACGGACGCGUCGUCUCGCUCGUUAUCGUUAUUUUACUUUGCUCGUUGAUAGAUGCGCAAGAUGUGAUCAGACGGAAGAGAAUCGUCGGCGGGGCCCCGGCAGCGCAGCCUCCCGUGGACGACCCGGUGGUUUUUGUGAAUAAAAACGAUCGUGAAGCACGCAUCGUCGGCAUCCGCGAUCCUGACAAGGGAUUCUACGUUUACCGCGGAAUCAGAUUUGGGCAGCCGCCAACCGGCCGAGCUAGAUUUCAGCGAGCUACGCCCGUACAUCUCGAAGGAGAGUACAACGCCACGACGUGGGGACCUCCCUGUCCUCAGCCCAGCCCGAAUGAAACCGGCAAGAUCGUCGGUAGCGAAGACUGCCUUUUUCUCAACGUCUUCACCCCGUCGCUCCCGGACUCCAGCGGCGGUUAUCCCGUACUGGUAUGGAUCCACGGGGGUGGUUUUCGAAGAGGCGCGGCGUGCCAAUACGAAAUGAGACAUCUGAUCAAGAAGAAGCUGGUCGUCGUGUCCAUCCAGUACAGAUUAGGGACAUUGGGAUUCUUGAGCACCGGUACCCACGAGAUGCCGGGAAACAACGGUAUGCUCGACAUGGUGCUGGCGGUCGACUGGGUGAGGGAUUACAUAUAUUUCUUCGGCGGUGACCCGAACAAGAUAAUCGCCUUCGGUCACGGCACCGGCGCAGCUUCCGCUAUGAUGCUGUCGUUGUCCAAGUUCGGCGAAAAUAGCUUCAGUGGUUUGAUCGCGAUGUCCGGCACAGUUUUGUCACACUUCGCUCUGGACAGGGACCCUUCGGAGACCGCCAGACACGUGGCCCAGAGAAACGGCUGCCCCACGGACGACACGCGAAAGAUGGUGGACUGCCUGCGAGAAUUGCCGGUCGAGAAACUGAUCGGCACCGAUUCCGAGCUGGAGACCGUCCGCGCGACUGUCCGAGGUUUCGUCUCCGGCUUGGCCGACCUGCUCGGGCCCGGUCCUGUCGCGGAAGGCUCCAACGACGGGAGGUCGCUUCCGAACUUCAUGAUCACGUCGCCGGAGGAUUCUCUGAAGCUCGGCAGUUUCCCGUCUAUACCGCUGUUAACGGGAGUCAUGAAGGACGAGGCAGGAGGCGCCAUUCUCGGUCAAUACAAAAACGAGGUGCAAAAGAAGUUGAGCACGGUCCCGGAUUAUUUGACCAGCGACUUCAUACCGUACCUGCAAGGAACCAUUCCAAAUCUGAAGAAUGGAUCGCGGCUCGUCCCGCAAGCCUUCCGUGGCUACCUCGACAUGUUCCAAGGUGGCGGCGCACCGAAUACCAUUCAGAAGGUUGCGGAGGCUCUGGGCGAUUCGCUCUACAACGCUCCCGCGUUUCUCACCGUCGACCACUGGUCUAAAAGGGCGAAGACGUUUCUGUACACUUUCGACCACAAGGGAAAACGAAACUACGGCAAAGACUUUCUCGCCGGACUGCCAAUCGCCGACGCCAGAUCGUCGGAUGGUAAUUUGAAUCAUGGCGACGAUUUGGGAUUCAUCUUUGGUCGAAACACGAUUACUGGCGAAAAAGUGAGCGAGGACGAGGAGUCGGACGAGGCGGACAAGCGAGUGACCGACAUUUUUACAGAUAUGAUAGCAAAUUUCGCGAGAAACGGCAUGCUCGGCGCUACGAAUGUACGAACCAACGACAGCACUUGGAUGCCAGACAUAAUUCCAAGUUUCUCAGACAACGCAAAUUCCUUCGUCAGUAUCACGACGUCUCCGAAGAACAUGAAUAAUUUUAGAUACUGCGAAAUGGGAUUGUGGACGGUUGUACCGGAACGAUUACAGUCACCAAUGUGCAGUUUGUACAAAGUGCCUCUGCAGUUAAUAGAACAAGGUGCCAAAGGAACGAUAUCUGUAAUUCAGAAGCCUAUCAACACGUUCAACGAGUUCAUUCCCAAAGCCGGGAGCCACGACAUCGCGGGCAAAUCGACAGAUCGAAGUACCGAGGAACCGAAGAAAACAGAUACGGCGCAACAGAAAACGAAUGACAAAUUAUUACCGAAGAUACCUGUACCGCAGAUACCAUUCGUCGGAUAAGUUAUCAUUCACAACACGUUUGCUUUAUACAUAUAUGUGUUGUUCUUUUAUUGCAAAGAUAAUAUAUAAAAGUAUCUAAUC